AUGUUGGUGAGAAUCCUGGUUCUGCUCUACCUGGCGGGGGCACCUGCCCUAGCACAAACCCUCUGCCAGCCUAGUGAGUUACUUGGAUUGGUCUAAAGAGGACGCUUAUGUCCUCACCAUUUCUACUUGUUUUCAUGGAUUUGUGUUUGGUUGGGUGUCAUUCUUUAGUUUAUAUUAGUGUUACAAAUUGUACAGUUACAACUUCUUAUUGUGAUUUAAAUGGUAUUUGAUGUUGUUCUGUUGUUUUUGCAUUGUCAUGUACGUACAUAGAGGUUUCUAGUUCAACAGUGAAUGUUUGAGUGGACACACAGUAAAUACUGUAUGGUUGUCCAGAUAGUUCUUUAUCAGGACGGUAUGAAGAACACUUUGUGAGGGGUGUUCUAUUUACUGUUGGUUUCAUUGUUGUCCUGUUUCUUUUUUAAUUUUACUAUUUGUAUCUAUCAACCCAUGUGAUUCAAGCCCACAUGUUUGUGACCUCUAAAAAAAAAUGUGUUUUCUUGUACUCUCAAUGUUUCAUGAUGAAUCCAAAGAUUAUUCAAAUGUGUUUGAGAUGGGUGAGAGAAUCACUCAUCAAGAUAACUCUUAUUCUCUCUGUAGAUGCAUCAAAUGGCUACAUGGUGCGAAUCAGCAUAAAAACAGCUUUGGGAAAUCAGGCUGUACGUACUAUGCUUACAAGCAUUCUCUCAUAUCAUGGGUCCUAUAUGAAAAGUUUUAAAUACAACAUUUAGAACUACAUUGUUCUUGGUAAUGACAUUUCUUUAUUUUGUCUGCAGUAUGAAUGGAAUGAAAAUGAAAUGUUCCUUUUCCGAGCAACUAUGGCCUUUGCCAUGAGGAGGUACUAUGAAACGAAAACUUACAAGUAAGAAAAUCUUGUGCCAUUUAUUUAAACUGAAUUCAAAGCACAGUAUAGUACAGUAUAAUGUUUUUUCACUUCCUGCAAAGGUUCAUUUCCAGCAUUCCUGUGUGCAUAUUUUAUGACUGUCUUCCUAGUGUAUUGUGUAAUAAUGACAACAUGGCAUUUAUGGCAUUAUGAUGUUUAUGGGACUUUUCCAGUGUCGACAACAUUAUCGUGUGUGAUCAGACUCCGAGGGUGUCCUUCUGGUUUGUGGUGACAUCACCAGACAACGCCGCCAUGCUUACUCCUAAGGCAGAUGUGGAGAAAGCUGUGAGGUAAUGUUGUGGUCUACUUUAAAAGGAAAAUAUCCUGGUUUACACCUGUAGAUGAACUGAACUCUGAAGUAAAAAGGUGAACAUAAACAGCCACCUGAGUAUCUGAUGGAUAAAACAGAAAAUAUAUAUUAUGCUUACAAUCUGAACCACAAGGCAAGUGGUAUUUACACAGAUUCAGAGACCUGUAAAAGGUGAGAUGUACAAACUGGACCUAAAGUAACCCAUUCUAUGUCCAACAGCAUGUCAAGGAAUCGCAUCAACAACGCCUUCCUCCUGACAGAUAGGACCCUGGAAUUUCUGGGCAUCGACCCCACGCUGGUGGAGCCAGUCAACCCUAACACCCCUCCCUGGCUCAUCGUGUUCGGAGUGGUCAUAGGGGCUGUGUGUGCUGGAAUCAUCGUCAUGCUCGUAUCCUCUCUGCUUCAAAAGAGACGGUGAGUCCACCACUUCAGUCUCUCUGUUGAUAAUGAUGUGUUUGGUUAUUGAACUAUGGGUCAUUCUAACCUAGGAAAGAGAAAGGGAUUGUGGAGGAUGGACAGGAUGAAGAGGACAGGCAGAUGAAAGGAGUGGAGAAUGGCAACAUCCUGGAUGGCAGCUACAAUAGAGGAUUCACAGAUGAUGAUCGCUUCACAAAGCUGUAAAGGCUUCCCCUGUAAAAUGCUGCCAAGCAAGCACAGGAUGGGCUAAGAGACGUGAAAAACCACUACAAAGAGACUUUUAUGCACUGUGUCUACAGUUUAAAACUGCAGCAGCUAUGAGAUUUCAUAAAAACAGACUCUAUCCACUAGUUAAAUACUGUGA